UGCAAAAAUUAGCAAUUCAUUGCGCGGGUUUCGAGUCAGAAUUGGAUAUCGAUGCGGAACCGCGUGCAGUCAAGCACGACUCCGCCCCCACGAAAAUUCAACGCCUCGUGUCGUUCUCCCUCUCGUAUAAAAGCCGCGGUCCCGCUCGGCAGAUGCUGGAUACGCAACCCAUUCGAUCCUGUUCGAUUCCGCUCGAUCAUUCAGAUUCCGACACUCAAGACCCACCAAUCCGAUCGGCCAUGGAGUUGUUCUCGUCCUCUCUGUCGGACGUGCUGACGAAGAUCGCCAUGUUCCUGGUCGUCCAAGCCCUGGUCUACCUCAUCCUCUCCAAGUCCUCCGACGUCUUCUCCAAGGACAAAAAGCCACGGUCCCUCAGCUUCAAGCCCGCCCGCUCCAACAGCAUCCGCCGCAUCCUGGCGGCCAUCUCCGACGUGCCGACCGGCAGCGAGCUCUCUCCGAGGCCCGAACGCCCCCGGACCGAUGGCGGCGACUCCUCCGUGAAUUGAUUGGCCUGCGAGGCGACCCCUGUAUCAUUCUUAACAGCGCUUGUAUCAUUCCGAUGUAAAUACGGUUUUGUGCGGUGAUUCAUUUUAAAGUCAUCUGUAAAUCAGUCGGGAGCGGAAGUGGCUCCACUUUCGAUUUGUGAGGAACGUGCUUACGAAGAUUUGUUUGAAUUAAUAAAUCAUUUUGGUUUGAGUACGAAAUCUCGA